CUGAGUUAAACUAUCACUACCUGCAUGCUGUAAGGGUGUAUGACAUAAGUGUUCAACCAGAGGGGUAUAUACAGGACAGGGUCUGGGGCUGCACUUUAGAGGAGCCAGCAGACCCAUACUUACUCAUACCCGGACGGACUGACGGACUGACCUCUCACCAUGAGGGUCGUCAAUAUCGGUCCAGACCCGUCUCUGGCAUAUCGUCCCAACUUAGACCUGGAGCAAGAAGACAAGGACAAGACAGAAUACAGGAAUUUUGAGAGCGGGAGUCUGAUUGAUCGUGUGUAUAACACAUACAAGCUGAUGCACACCAACCAGACCCUGGACUUUGUCAAGCAGAAGCACUCGGAGUGGUCAGGUUGUGGGCAUGCCCAGAUGGGGGUGAUGGAAGCUGUCAUGUCUCUGGACCAGCUGGUUGAUGAGUCCGACCCUGACGUCGACUUCCCCAACUCAUAUCACGCCUUCCAGACCGCCGAGGGCAUCCGCAAGGAACACCCCCAUAAAGACUGGUUCCAGUUGGUGGGGCUGAUCCAUGACAUUGGGAAGAUCAUGGCUCUGUCAGGGGAACCCCAGUGGGCUGUAGUGGGGGACACAUUCCCAGUGGGGUGCAGGUUCCAGAAUGGCAUUGUGUUUCGAGGCAGCACCUUCGUGGACAACCCCGAUGACAAAAACCCUGCCUACAAUUCUGAGUGUGGGAUCUAUAAGCCAAACUGUGGGCUGGACAACGUGCUCAUGUCCUGGGGCCAUGAUGAAUAUCUCUACAGGGUCAUGAAGUUCAACAACUGCACCAUGCCAGAAGAGGGUAUGUAUAUGAUCCGGUUCCAUUCCUUCUACCCCUGGCACUCCCAUGGAGACUACAUGCACCUCUGUGAUGACAAGGACCUGCGCAUGAUGCCCUGGGUUCGAGAGUUCAAUAAGUUUGACCUCUACACCAAGACCACUGAGAUGCCUGACGUAGAGAAGCUGAAGCCAUACUACCAGUCUCUCAUCGACAAGUACUGUCCUGGGGUUCUGAAGUGGUGACACACACCUACUCUCACCUCAAAUGUUUCAUAAACCAAUUAAUUUCUAUUACAAUCAAUUUCUCUCCCGCCCUCUCUCACACCCUCAUAGAGAUCAUGCACAGCGGCAACACCAGCGCAUAUCCUCAGAGAUGGAUCACACUAUUAGCUUUAUCUUCAACAGACCUGGAUAGCCUUUACCAUGUUGUUGUCAUCUGUAAGUCAACUGUAUUAUAUUCAAAUGACAGAACAUUCUAAUAAAGUGUUGUUUGUUGCUUAGAA